ACUUACUACAGUUCCUGAUUUGUUUAAAUAUAUUACAAUAUAUACAUAUAUAUAUAUUAGCAGAGUUAGUAAUGAACCAUGGUGUGCAAAGAAGAAAUAUAUGCCUGGUUUAAACAUUUAAAUGGUUCGAGUAGAAUAGAAAUAAUUUGUAAUCUACUUAACAUGUGCUUGCCUUUAGAGUUAAGGUUUUUUGGUACCUGCUUGGAAGACCUGGGAAGAAAAGACUUCGGUGUUUUCAGAGAUGUUGAGCCGAAAGCGAAUAAUAUAAAAGAUAUAUCGGACAUUACAAGUAAUAGUAUCAUUCUGUUAAGUGACAGAAUAGGAAGAAGUAAACUUAUAGUGUUUUUAGCACUUCUUAAUUCAUCCAAUCGUGUUGGUGCAAAUGUGCUUUAUAACGUUUUGACUAAUUGUUUAGAAAAUGAGGAAAUAGAAAUUUGUUUGGUUGAUAACAAAGCAGCCAGUGAAAUUCUUUUGUUGUUUACUAUGGCAUUCCAUCAUCCUGCUUUUACAUUUGAACAGAAAUCACGAUUAGCUGAACGUCUUGAAAGUAUUGAAAAAUUUUGUUCAUCGGCCUUUCUUAACGAUAAGCCUUUAACUUCAAGUUCAACUUCAAAUAAGCAAUCCAUAUACCAGCUUGCCAAUCCCUCAAGCCAGAUGUGUAGUCUACCUUACAGUAUGCCCGUAGUGCACACGGCCAUGCCCAUUAUGGCAUUUUCCCCAACCCUUCAGCUCAGUUCCCUGCUUCCUGGUGUUCCUCUUACUGUUUCGGCAAGUGUAACAAAUACCAGCACCUGUCCAUUGCAGUCUACACAUUUGGAUAACCUAGGACAUUCACUACGUAAAAUUGAAAAUGUUCAAUUGAAAACUAUGCACCAGAACGGAUUAUGUACUAUAGAGGUGACUUGGAGUAAUGGUCAGUGUACAGAAGUAGUUAAGACUGUUCAAGAUAUCUACAACUUUCAUCAAAUGCUAGCUGAACAAUUAAAUGAAGACAAUUUAAUUCCUAAAGAAGACAUAAAUAUUCCUAAACUUCCAGAUUUUUACUCAAGUGACCACGGCCAACCAAACAGCAUGACAGUUGAUAUGGGUUUGGAAAUGGCACAUUACCUAAGACAAUUGGUUGAAAGUUCUGUCAUGACCUCUGAGCUGGUGGCAUCCUUCUUUCAACAUCAUAGUGUUGAUGAACAGAGUGAUGGAGACCACAAGGUGAAGACUGUUUUGGUCUAUGGCCACACUUCUUAUGUUAACAAAACAGAACAAAGCCAUUUUUCAGAAACCUCUGAUCCUCAGCAGCCAUUCAACACUACUGUAAGUGCUUCAUCUGCAGCAGUUUCCUAUUCAUCUACUGCAUCUUCUCCUAUUCAUUCAGCUUGUAACUCAAACAGUGGCUCUCCCCAGAUCCACCGGAGAGGAAGUGAAGACAUGUUAACACUGGAGCAGCUUUUGAAGAAGGAAAAUCUAAGGAAGUAUUGGGAAAAACUGCAAUCCUCUGGGUUGGAUGAGAUUCAGAACAUGAGUGUUGAAGAAUUGAAAAGUAAAGGCUUAACACUUACAGCAGCACGCAGAUUGAGGAAACUUUUAGAUGCUGCAAAGUGAAACAAGACAA